AUGGUUCAGAAGGCGCCGCAGGUUGUGGCAACGCCGCUGCCACCACCUACUGUACCAGCUGGACCGUUAACCUUGAGCGGCAAAGUCUUUGCCAUCACAGGCGGCGCCAGCGGGAUUGGUUUGGCGACUGCCCAAGUUUUGUCAAGACGAGGAGCGGUCGUAUGCAUCGCCGAUGUAGAUCCUGAAGCAAUGAAGGCUGCCGAAGUCUACUUCACCUCGCUGCAAGUGCCUCACAUGAUCACAAAGGUGGACGUUUCCAAGCGAAAGGAGGUCGAUGCCUGGAUCGAGUCGAUUGUCAAGGAGCAUGGCCGACUGGACGGCGCGGCCAACGUAGCAGGAGUGAUUGGAAAAUACCACGGCGUGUCUCCAGUUUCAGAGCUCGACGAUGACGAGUGGGAUAGGAUUAUUGGCGUGAACCUGACUGGCACCAUGUACUGCAUGAGGGCUGAGCUCAGGAAUAUGAACGAUCGCGGAUCCAUUGUCAACGUUUCCUCGAUUCACGGUCUCAAGGGCUUUGCUAGACAUGGUGCAUAUGACGCAAGCAAGCACGGCAUCGUCGGUUUGACACGAGCAGCCGCCCUCGAGAACGGAGAGCGCGAGAUUCGCGUCAACAGCGUAGCUCCAGGCGCCAUAUAUACGCCCCUCAUGCAAAAGAACUGGGACUUUUCAGGUCGACCAAAGGACGCCGCGUUUGAUGAUCCCACGGCCUUUCAGCGACAGGGUACAGCUGAGGAGACGGCAAAUGUCAUUGCUUUCCUGUUGGGUCCGGAGAGCACGUUUGUUAGCGGAAGCGUGUACAAGGUAGACGGCGCGUGGAUUUGA